AAUAUAAAUGAAUAUAUUAAUGUGUUGGGGAAUUUAAUAUACAAUUGUUGCUUUAAGAAGAAGUUGAUAUUUUAGAAAUAAUUAUGAAACCAUAUAAUUUGACAUUAGCUUUAUUAAAACCACAUGUCAUGAAACAUCCUUUUGCGAAAGCUGAUAUCGAAAAUAGAAUAAUAGAUUGUGGAUUGAAAAUAUUAAAAAGUAAACCUAUAAAUUUUACGCAAGAAACAGCGGAAAAAUUUUAUAGUGAACACAAACAUCGAUUCUUUUUCAAUCGAUUAAUUACUUUUAUGACUAGUGGUCCAUCUUACGCAUUUGUUAUUACUGGCGAAGAUGCUAUCAGCAAAUGGAGGGAACUAAUGGGACCGACUAAAGUUUACAAAACACAAUUUACACAUCCGAAUUCAAUACGGGGUAUUUAUGGUAUUUCAGAUACGAGAAAUGCUACACAUGGUUCAGAUUCUCCAGAAUCAGCAUCGAAAGAAAUUAUUGAAUUAUUUCCAGAAUAUCUACUAUCAGAUAUUGUUAAAGAAGCAAAUAUAUGUUGUGAAAAUGAUUAGAAUUGAAAAUUAAAAAAUUUUAAAG